UCCCUUGCCGCUUGGGCUUCCCUUGUUCUCCAUUUCCAAUGACACCCCCACCGCCACUGGCUUUCUGAUUACUGGGCGCCACACGCGGCGCAAGUGCAAACAGCACGCCAUCUAUUCUUGCUGUCGCUCUCCCCAGGGGCAAAGCAUAAACCCCAGUGGCCUCGUAGAAAUCAAAAUCGGAAUCGGAAUCCGACGCGAGUGGUCGCGCGGAUUCACAAGCGCGCGACGGCUCGAUUAUUCCAUCUCCUUAUUUUCGAUCUCUCGCAGUCCCCGAUCCCCCAUCCUCGUUGCUGUUUAUUUUGCUAUUGGGAUUUUUUUCGGUGUUUUUUUUGGUUGUUUCGUUUCAGGAUCGCACGGCCUCGGCGAUUUCGCGGCCUCUGGUUUUUGGACCUGCGGGUUGGAGAAGGCUGGCGCACGCUAGGCCCUGCUGAGAUCUCUCUCGCCAAUUGAUGAGUGGAUGGUUGCUGAGUUGAAGGAUGAGCUUCAGCGAAGGAAUCUACCUGUCAGUGGUUUGAAGAAUGAUCUUGUGAAGAGGCUCUUUGAGGCCAUCCAGGAUAAGAUACUUGAUGAUGGGGAAAAAACAAAUGGUGGAAUUCCUCCUGAGGAGCUGAAAGGGGGUGAAACCCCUGGUUCUGUUGAUGCAUCUGUUAACCAGGCUUCAAUCAAAGAACUUGUUGAUGAAGGUGCUUCAGAGGUUAUGAAACAGGGGGCAGAUCUUGUUAUCUCUGUUACAGAAGCUUAUGAUGAAAGUAUAUUAACUACUUCAGAAGUUACUCAGGAGGCUGUGGUUGGUACUCCAGAAGCUAGUCAGAGAAGUUUGGAUGCUGUUGCAAGAGUUGAGUCUUCUCUAGUUGAUACAGCAGCAACUGAUGAAACCAAUGGAAAUGGCCUAGAAUCAGCUUCAAGUGGCGACACUAUAGUGGAGGAAGCAAAUCCACGUUCUGAUAAUCACUGUGAUACCAUCGAGCAGACCCCAGAAGAUGACACCAACAAGAAACUGGCUAUUGAUGAUAUACCUUCUGAUGGUACUGGUGGUGACAUCAAGUUAGGCCUUAAUAUGCACAUCAAAAUUCUAGAAAUGGGAGAUGUAUAUGCACCUUCUGAUGAUACCGUAUUGGGUGCUGAUCCUGAGGAUGCUGAUGCUGUUGUGGCUGCUGAACCAGAAGAUGACACAAGCAAGAAAAUGACCAUUGAUGGUGUAUUGUCUGAUGCUAACCAUACUACUGUCAAGCUAGGUGUCAAUGUAGACUGCAAAAUUGAACAGGAAAAAGUACCAGCACUGCCUGAUGCUAUUGAAUUGAAUGCUGAUCCUAAGGGUGCUGAUGUUGUUGUGGCAGCAGAGAACAUGAUUCCUAAAGAUAAUUUCAGUGUGAAUACUUUGAUGCAUGGCAAUGGCCACGGAGACUUUAAGUGCUCUAAUGGGGACACCAAGCCCUUCCUGUGCAGAGAAAAAGACCAGGUAUCUGAGGUCAACCCAGAUCUAGAUUCUCAAACUAAGUGUGUAUCAAUUUUCGAUGAUAAUAUAUCUGCUGACAAAAAUAAUGAUCUAAAGGGUAACCUGAAUGCUGAUGAUUGUGAUUUAGAACUAGACGCAAAGCAGGAGAUGGUCAAACCAUCAUCCACCAUUCCCUCCCCAGGUGAUCUUUUGGAAGUGUUGGAUGUCGACAAAGAGGUGCAUAAGAUUGGUGCCACUUUGCAAGAGUUAGGCUCCACAAGUAAUAUAGACUUGGACAGAGAUGAGGAGAGUCCUGAUGGUAGUUCUAUUGAGAAACUGAAUUUUGAUAGUUGUUCAGGUGAUGAAUCAAUGGAUGAGGAUGUGUUGGAAAGUAAGCACAUUGAUUCCAAUAUCAAAUCUGAUGAUCUUGGAGAGAAGACAGAGUUUACCUCAGAGCAUGGGUUGAAAGAGGUGUCUCUCCUUGAUACUGCUGCUGAGGAUUCCUCUGCACACACAAAGGAAGUUGUAGUUGAAGAGAAGCCACCAAGUCCAGCUGAAAAGAGGAAACCUGAAGAUCAAGAGGUCAUUGCAAAUAAUGAGCCAAUCAAACGGCAGCGCCUACGGAACGUGAAUGAUGUCGAUAUUUCUGAACAAAAAGCACCCAAAUUAACUGGCACCGGUACUACGAAGGAAGUCUUUCAUUAUGCUCCGAGCCAUUCUUUUGGCAGGCCUGGCACAACAGCAAGCAGAGAUUAUCCAAAGGAGCGAAUAGUACCACCUGCUCAAAAACCAGCAACAACUUCCUUAAGAAUUGAUCGAUUUGUGCGCCCAUUUACUCUGAAAGCUGUGCAAGAACUUAUUGGUAAAACUGGAUCUGUUUGUAGCUUUUGGAUGGAUCAUAUCAAGACCCACUGCUAUGUUACUUACUCUUCAGUGGAGGAAGCAGUGGCUACGAGGAAUGCUAUCUACAACCUCCAGUGGCCCCCAAACAACCGCAACUAUCUGGUCGCUGAAUUUGUCGAUCCAGAAGAGGUGGAGCUCAAACUUGAAGCCCCUCCCCCAUCUCAAGUGCCUAUCAGCUUGAGCACAGCUAUAGCACCACAGGCAGCACCCUUCCAACAACCCAAUGCUAACCAAACCCUACCUCCCCAACCUGCUGCUGCUCUGUUGCCAACUCCAGCACCUCUUGCCAAGCUGCCGCCUAUCUCUGGCCCUGGACCAGCAAGAGAGAUGCUUCUUCCCCCUCCUCCAAGGAACCUGGAACCUCCCCGGACACUGGAUGAUCUCUUCAAGAAGACACAGGUGCAUCCAAGGAUUUACUAUAUGCCCUUGUCCGAAUAGGAGGUAUCAGCUAAACUUGCAGCUCGCAACAAUGUUAAGAGGCGAUAGUGGGGCUUUAGUUUGUUGCUCAAGCUGGUAUGUUGGUAUCUUGUACCCGUCACUGCUGUUCUCAGAUGCAACUGUAGAUGUCACGGUGAUUGACAUAUUCUUUUCUCCUACCUGAUUCCAUCAACCGCUGCAGCUCUAUGAAGUACUAGGUGGUAUGUACAUUUAGGUCGCAUAGUGUUGAAAGAGGAGUUUGUUGUGAGGGGAAGGCCUGAUUGGGUAUGUGGUAUUUUGGAGUUCAAGAGAAUACCGUGGGUUCUUCAAACUAUGACGGGUGUGGUACUUUGGAGUUCUAGAGAAAACCAUGGUUUCUCAAUAGUAUGAUGGCGUCGUAACACAUCAGGGUUUUGGGGUGACUAGUGCAAAUGCAGCAAGUUGUCAGAGCAUUGCACUAGAACUCGUUGAAUUCGUAUUCCUGUUGGCUGCUGCUCUUAUUGCGCGUUAUUGUAAGAGCAUUUCUAAUCGCCUUGACGAUUGUGCAUCCACUUUGAGUCUGAUGUGGAAUGCAGUAUUAUGUACCCCUUUUUUCUGGAUUUUGCUUCACAACCGGUGCUCACAGUUGGUGUUUUUA